AUGAGCUCCAUCUCGACUGCCCAGGUUCCCCUCAAGGGCAAGACCCCCCUCGUCGAAUACGAUGCCCACGACCACUCGGACCACCCGACAAACGGCACCGGCGGGUUCCGACCUCAAGCUCCCAUGGCCGUCCAACCUCCCAAGGCCGAGGACCUCCAAAAGUCCUACGCCAGCAUCAUCACCCACGAGGCCGACCCCAAGGACUGGUACGGCUACCUGAUCAGCGGCCUGGGCACAAUCAUCGGCACCCUCGGCGCCAUCCCCUGCUGCGUCGUCUGUCCCAACCCCUACAAGACGGUCGAGCAAGGUAACGUCGGCCUGGUGACCAAGUUCGGCCGCUUCUACAAGGCCGUCGACCCGGGUCUCGUUCGCGUCAACCCGUGCUCCGAGAAGCUGAUCCAGGUGGACGUCAAGAUCCAGAUCGUCGAGGUUCCGCAGCAGGUGUGCAUGACCAAGGACAACGUUACCGUUCAGUUGACGAGCGUUAUCUACUACCACAUCGUCAGCCCCCACAAGGCCGCGUUCGGUAUUACCAACGUCAAGCAGGCCCUUAUCGAGCGUACCCAGACCACGCUGCGCCAUGUCAUCGGUGCCCGUGUGCUGCAGGACGUGAUCGAGCGUCGCGAGGAGAUUGCCCAGUCCAUCGGGGAGAUCAUCGAGGACGUCGCGGCCGAAUGGGGUGUUGCCGUCGAGAGCAUGCUCAUCAAGGACAUCAUCUUCUCCCACGAGCUGCAAGACUCCCUCUCCAUGGCGGCCCAGAGUAAGCGUAUCGGCGAGAGCAAGAUCAUUGCCGCCAAGGCCGAGGUCGAGGCCUCGAAGCUGAUGAGGCAGGCCGCCGACAUCUUAAGCUCUGCGCCCGCUAUGCAGAUCCGGUACCUCGAGGCUAUGCAGGCCAUGGCCAAGUCGGCAAACAGCAAGGUCAUCUUCUUGCCGGCGACCAACCAUACGAUGCCUACUCAGGCCCAAUUCAAUGCCUCGCUGGAUGCUCCGGGAUCUUUCAACGAGGGCGAGGGUAGUGGUGCGAAGAAUAACAACACGACGACCUCGUUCCAGAACUUUGGAGGUUCCGAUUCAGGAUUCCAGCAGGCAUUGAAUGCCCACAUUGUUGAGAACAUCUAA